UUACCUGUGGUCACAGAGAUCCUUAAACUGAACAUGUCCAUCAACCUCUACAUGUUCCACGGUGGGACAAAUUUUGGCUUUAUGAGCGGAGCGUUUGCCGUUGGAAUGCCGGCACCUAAAGCUAUGGUGACAAAUUAUGAUUACGAUGCUCCAUUAUCCGAGGCGGGGGAUUACACCACCAAGUACCAUCUUCUGAGGAAUGUAUUCAGCCAGUACCACGCCCAGCCUCUCACCGUGCUACCUCCUCAUCAGGACAGGAGAGCGUACCAGCCUGUUUCCGUCCAGCAGCACCUGUCUCUGUGGGUCAGUCUGCAAUUCUCUGACAAGGCCUUUAAGUCAGAGAGGCCGGUGAGCAUGGAGAACCUCCCUGUCAACAACAACAACGGCCAGUCUUACGGCUACACGCUGUACGAGACCACCAUCAGCAGCGAAGGGACCCUCAACUCCAAGAACAACAUCAGAGACAGAGCCCUGGUUUAUGUGGACAAACAUUUCGUUGGUGUUCUGGAUUAUAAAACGCAAGAACUUGCAGUCCCUUACGGAAAGGGAAAAAGAACUCUAAGUUUACUCGUGGAGAACUGUGGAAGAGUGAAUUAUGGGAAAACCCUGGAUGAGCAGCGCAAAGGUCUUGUUGGAGAUAUCGAGUUGAACAAGAACCCCCUCCGUGACUUUGUUAUCCAUAGUCUGGAUAUGAAGCCUGGCUUUGUAAACAGACUUGAGGGUACUGGCCAUUGGAUUUCUUUGCGUCAGCGGCCCUCCUUCCCAGCGUUUUUCCAGGCAAAACUCUACGUGAACAGUUCUCCUAAAGACACCUUCAUCAAACUCCCUGGCUGGGGCAAAGGUGUAGUGUUUAUUAACGGCAGGAAUCUGGGACGCUACUGGUCCGUCGGUCCUCAGCAGACUCUCUAUGUCCCGGGGCCCUGGCUCCAGAGGGGGAACAACCAGGUCACUGUGUUUGAAGAGCAGGAAACAGAUGGCAGGAUUCAGUUCUCCAGCAGGCCGGACUAUGGCAUGUCAGUUGAUGUCCAGUGAGGACAGAAGGUGAGAGGGCAGUGUGGAUGAGGAGAGGAGGAUGCUGGGAGAGUAGCUGGGAAACCGAGGCAACGGCUCAGGCGAUUACAGCGAGCUUCGUCUGCUCAGGCGCUGAUGGCGUGUCACGACCAGCAGAUCUGAAAAGUGACACGGGGCAGUGAGGAUGACUUUUGGUUUCCCAUCGGAAGAAUUCAACAAUGCAGUGAUCCAGAGUUGGGGAGUGCUUUUUCCAAAUUAGAGGAUCCUUCAUAUUGAACCAUGGACUGAGUAUUUUGUUCACAUGAUUCUGAAAAGAUACAUGUGCAUAUCCACAAUGCAUUUCCUGUUCCUUGUUUAGGAGUAAAGGAUCACCUUUUUUGUAUUUAAUGCGAGAAAUGGGUAUUCCAGUUUCUUAAUCUUAACUCACAUUAGACCUGCGCACUUGGUGAGUUAAGAAGUUAAUUUAAACAUAACAGAGGAGUUGGUAAUAUUGGAAGUAAAACAAAAUCAAGGGUGGUUUUGAUUAGUUCUACUUUGUUUUUGUGGUGUUCGAAGGAAGUAUGUUGUAUAAGGUAAAAUGACUGUUUCUGUGAUUGGAGUCUGGUGGCUCUGUAGAGAGCAUACUCUAGUUUCUUAUUACAUUUCACUUGGAGAAUGAAGGGUUUAUUUAGACUGAACCAGACGUGGUGAUAAUUGCAACAACUUGAAUUUUAUUUUGUUUCAGCCAAGUUUAAAAUGUGUGUGUGAUGAUCAGGUCAAAUUAUGGUUUCUAUCAAAGGAUACUUAUGACUUUGAGAAGAGCUAUUACUUGUUUGUUUUGUAAGUUAAUAACUUAUAAUACUUGCCAAAACCGUGUUGAAUUUAUAACUUAUUGUUAAUGAAGCCUUGAGCUUUUGAAUCUGUUUAUAUUGUAAAAAACAACCUGAUGUAUUGAGAAACACCCAACCGUUUUCAUUUAAUGACUGUAUUUAUGCCAAGGGAUGUAUAAUUAUUUCUAUUAUUAUUAUUUCUCCAAUUUCAUUAACGUUCAUUCAAAUGCUUUAUUUUUGGAGACCAAGAGACUGUCGUUGAUAAUAAUGAAAUGAAAAUCUCCUCCUCCAACACACUUAAUUUAUAAAUUCCAGGUUGUGUAAUGAUGGUGAAUAAAUGCAGUUCGACCUCUGUAUCAGAAGCCAA